AUGUCACCAGUGAUACAUUGUAUCCGCCAUGGACAGGGCUUUCACAACGUCGGUGCCGGGUGCUACACUCUUCCUGAUCCUCGCCUGACUCCCUUGGGUGAAGACCAGAACAUGGCUUUGCGCAAGACGGCUUUCUCAGAUCAGUCAAAGAUAUCUCUUAUUCUUGCUUCUCCGCUUUGCCGAACACUCCAAUCUGCCUGCCUCGUCUUUCAACCAGCCCUCACAACCAGCAGCAAGUGUCACCCUGAGAUCAUUGCCAUCCCUGACGCUCAAGAAACCUCGGAUGACCCGUGCGACGUUGGAACUGAUCCAUCAAUCCUCCGCAGAGUGGUAGCCGAGAGCAAGUGGCCCGUCGACCUCUCUCUAGUCAAGGACGGCUGGAACGUGAAAGCUUUAGGGACUCGCUACAGCCCAGAAAGCAACGCCAUAUCAGCCCGCGCACGCGACGCCCGCAUCUUUAUCCGACAGAAGAUCCGACAACUGAUCGAGCAAGGCGAUACAGACCCUCAAGUUGUGAUCGUAACGCACGGCGGUUUCCUGCACUACUUCACCGAUGAUUGGGAGGACUCAUGGCUGAACCCUGGGACGGGAUGGCAGAACUGCGAGACCCGGUCCUACGUAUUCGAGCAGGACGUGAUGAAUGAUACAGAUGUGGAGGCUAGGAUGACUGAGACGAUGGAGAGUCGACUGAGGAGGGGAAAGGGCAAUCCUAUGCCGGCUGAGGAAGAGCAGGUGGUGCUAUUUGAGCAGGCGAUGGAGAAUUGGGAAAACCAGGGGCUGCAAAGACCCGACAGAAUAGGACUGCAUCUCGAAACGAGUGUCAUUGCAUGA